AUGCGCUACGUAGCCGCUUACCUUUUGGCGUCACUUGGGGGAAACCCGAGCCCCGAUGCGGACUGCCUCAAGAGCAUUCUAGACUCCGUCAGCGCUCCAGUCGACGAGGUCGCGUUGGAAAAGGUCAUCUCGGAACUUCAAGGCAAGGAUAUUCAAGCACUUAUUACACAAGGAAAGGAGUCUCUCGCCACAAUUUCGAGCGUAGCGGCGCCAGCGGCCCCGGCAAGUUCCGCUGCUCCGAGCGGCCCCUCCGAAACCAGCGCAUCAGAGGCCGAAAAGAAGAAGGUGGAGGAGUCCGACGACGACGACAUUGGCGAUCUAGCCCUUGAUCUUUUCGGAGAUUAA